AUGAAAAUAUCCGACGAUAUUUCAAUUCAAGAAUCAUUUAUUAAUGAAAAUGAUCUUCCUAUAUCAUCACAACUGAUAUGUUUUGAUUUAUCAAUUUUUACUAUAUGUGACAUUCGUUCAAUUGCUUAUAUCUUACGUUGUAUGCCUAAUCUUAGACAUUUUAAGUUUCUUCAUGGAACACGAACAAUAGCUCACUCAUGUGCUGAUACUUUUGUCAAUGGUUAUACAUGGCAACAUAUAUUUGAAAUGUGUACUCCAUUUUUAUCGAAAUUUGAUUUUCAUAUCUCGUUCGAGAAAAACUAUCCAAAAUUAGAUUUAGAUUUCGUAGUAAAUUCAUUUGAAUAUUUUGUUAAAAAAUAUCCAAAAUGGCACAUGAUUAUUGAUCGAUGGGCACCUGAGAAUAGAAAUACUGUGAAUCCUAUGCAACUAACGGAAGAUUAUGUUUCACCAGAAUAUAUUCCUUAUCUUUCACAUAUUGUUCACUUACUUAAUGUAAAUCAAAUUAAGUUUGAUCCAUGUAUUUAUGUAGGUCAAUGGAAAGACAUUCGAUUUAUAUUACAAGCAUGUCCAAAUGUGAUUGAUCUUGAACUUAAUCCUUCAGAUUUGAUUUUACCAGAAUUUAUUGAUCAUCAAUCUCUUUUUACAAUUUUUAAACAAAUUAAAAUACUCAAAUCAAUAACAGAAAAUUGUUAUGUACCUUCAAAUUUUCUAUUAAAACUUGUUGAACGUUUUCCAUCACUUACUGAUAUUGAACUUCAAGUGUAUUCAUUCGAUGAUUGUAUAUAUGCUAUUGAUAUAUUAAUUAGUCAUCUAAAAAAUUUGUCUUAUCUUAAUAUUUAUUAUAUUAAAGAUUCAGUAGUCGAUCAUCCUUUUCCAUGUAAUUAUAUUAUUAAUAAACGUCGUCAAGCAUUUAGUUUUAAGAUUAUUGAUGAAAAUAAGAUUAAUAUCAUCAAGAAUAAAGAAUCUGUAGAAAUUAGAUUAUCAUAA